AUGAUCGCUGAAGCAAUGAAUCACAUGUCCCAGCACCAUGCGUCCUCCAUGGAGAGAAUGGGGACUCUUGUGGUGACCCUACUCCAGGAGACCCAUCAGGGCUCCCUGGGGGUGCGCUCUGAGCAAUUAUCCAUCAUGAAGCUCGCUCUGUUUCUGGUCAGUGUGUUGGUGUCUACUCUGGUUGUAGCCUCAGGCAACACAUUUGAUUCAAGACUGGAUGAAGACUGGAAGAACUGGAAAUCACAACAUAAGAAGCACUACACUGAGGAAGAAGAGACCUACAGAAUGGUAUGGGAGGAAAAUAUGAGAUACAUCAAACAGCACAACCUGGAGUACUCCAUGGGCAAACACACAUUUACUGUGGGAAUGAACCAGUUUGGAGAUCUGACACCAAAAGAGUUUGCUCAAUUGUUCAACAUGCAUGAGAGGAAAGAAGUGUUAGUGAACAACCAGACAAGAGAGGGGAUGAAGGCCCGACACACCCAUCACCUUCCAGAAAGUGUAGACUGGCAUGCGGCAGGUUACGUUACCCCACCAAAGUACCAGGGUUGAUGUAACAGCUGCUGGGCGUUCAGUACAACCGGGGUGUUGGAAGGGCAGAUGUUUAAGAAGACAGGCAAGCUCAUUGCCUUGAGUGAACAGAACCUCAUUGACUGUUCGAGGAGCCAUGGAACCUUUGGAUGCAAUGGAGGCAGGUCAUCGAGUGCCUUUGACUACAUACGUGAGAAUGGAGGAAUUGAAGCCGAGUCCACCUAUGCCCACAUUGCUAAGGAAGGUAAAUCUUGCAAAUAUAAUUCUUCUGAGAGUGUGGCUUCCGUCUUGAGCUAUAAAAUACUUCCAUAUGGGGAUGAAGAAGCUUUGACGAGGGCCGUGGCUGAAAUUGGACCCAUAGCUGUGGUGAUUGAUGCAGGACUGGAAUCUUGGCAGUUUUACAGCUCAGGUGUUAAUUACAAUGCCAGGUGCCAGACUAACGUCUUUAACCAUGCUGUACUAGUUGUAGGGUAUGGAGUUCAAGCAGGAUUGAAGUACUAUAUUGUUAAAAACAGUUGGGGACAAAAAUGGGGCCAAUCUGGCUACAUCUUGUUGGCCGGGGGAAGAACAGCUGUGGAAUUGCAAGUUUCCCCAUGUAUGCUCUGGCCUAGGGCUUCAAGAGAUCAAAGUGGCCCCGGGAGAGUCCUUCACAACCUAUGUAGCGAACCUGAACGCUGCGACUUUGGGGACACAUUAAAUGAUUUGCUGCGGGACCGAUUAGUUUGUGGGGUUCAGGAUGAUACCAUUCAGCACCGCUUACUCACCGAGGUUGAUAUCGAACUGAAGCAUGUCCCAGAAAUCUCCCUCACCACGGAAAAUGCUGCAAGAGACUCACAGGCUUUGCAACACAUACAACAUGGCGCCGUUCUUCAUGUGGAGCAGGAACUGACUGCCAGGCGUGGAGCGAAAACCAGACUCACAGCAUCGAAACGGAAUGUCCGCUGUGAGAAAUAUGAAAAGGCCGAGUGGAAACACUUCCAAGUGACUUCAAGAUUAAACUGUUACAGAUGUGGAGGUGGCCACGGACCAGACACCUGCCCAGGCACCCGUGAUAAUAAUGAAAGGAGAUGGACCUGGUCUUUUAUGCCAAGACUGGUUACAGAAGACCAAGCUUGA